UGGCAGUCCCAUUAGAUGUGGGGUUGGUAGGGAGCGUGGGAGAUCGUCUGCGCGAAUUCUGCCGCGGUAUACAGAUGGCUUCGAUGGGGGACAAGCAGCGAGGGGCCACCGACUGGCUCAUAUUCAUUCAAGGAGCUCGUUCUCGAUUACAGGAGAUGGUGGAGGCACUGCAAUCACAACUAGGAGUUCGACCUGAGGCUGUUGGGGGGACAGCUUCAUCGGGUCCGCCGUAUCGGGAAGUGAUGUCGAACAUGUUGCAGAUCGUCUGGGAGCUGCAGCAUCUGCAAAGAGAUGGUCUCAUGGAUGGUCAACUGGAGGCUCUGAAGCGGUGUUGCGAUGGCAUCUUCGAGGAGGGGCAAGAUGUGUAUGCGGCGCUGGAGGAGGAGUUCUACUUGCACGAGGAUUACACCGACGCGUGCACCACUGGUAGUGACGAGCUGGAGGAGGGUCGAACUGGUGUUGAUAUUGCCCUCGCUACUGAUAAAAAUGCAAUUGAUAACAACAUGUUAGUGCUGGUCCGAUGUAUAGACAUAGGGAUCGUCAGCUUGGACUUGUCUAACAACAACGUCAACAACAACAACAACAACAACAACAAUAACAACAACAACACCAGCAGCAAUCACGAUGUAGGGAUUGUGGGCACCCACCGGCAAGACUACGGCAGUCGGGCACGAAACGGGUGCAAGUGAUGAAGUCGUGAGCCCGUGCACACUGGACUGCGAUAUUAACAACAGUGACAAUGACAACGACAUUAAUAACAACAACGGCAAGCACGACACUGGUGCGAGUGACGAAAUCG